AUGGCGUCAAGUUUAUCUGUCGAGUGCGUCCAUCAUCUGUUGGGGUUUGUGGAUUGCGGCAAGACCCUCACGGUGUGCGAGCGUGUGGCCACCUUGUGGCGCCAGGCUAUACACCUCGCCGACCAGCAGCUGUGGAGGCAUAUGUGUGACCGUCACAACAUAUGGCAGACCGGCACUCGGUCAGUGAGCUCCCCAUCGACGCGCGAGCAGUCGCAGACGUCGUCUCUGUGUGUCUAUGUGUGUGUUUUGUGUGUCAGAUCUCGUGGCCGGCUGCCGUGGAAGACUCUGUACAAGCAGCGGCUGUGCCUCGAGUGCUGCCAACCUGCCGCUGUCAUACUCAAUGGAGAAAAACGUAAGGCAACCAGCCGGUGAGGUGUGUGUCAUGUGACGGCAUGUUUGUAUGGUGUCGUGUCGCGCGGCUGCAGGCAGCUUGUUUCCCACAUUUCCCCUGUGUUACGCGUGUCUGAAGGUGGGAGGAGGGCGGAGGGGGGAGGGGGGACACACACACACACAGACUCGCCCACUCAUCACAUGAUCCAUGUCAUCUGUCGGUGUCGUGUUGUCCAUCCGUCUGUUCGUCUGUCGGGCUGGCAGACCAAUCCGAAGAACAAGGACUCCUUCCCUCGCGUCAACAGAAACCUCCACGGCACUGACGACCUACUCCACUUCAAGGUAGCCACGACACUCCUACACGCACUCCAACACGCAACCAUUGAUGCCUCGUCUGUGUGUGUGUGUGCAUUCAGCUGGUACUGGAGAACUAUCAAAACGACAUAGUGACGGAGCGGAAGCAGAAGGCCAAGAAGCGUGCCGCUGCUGCUGCCGUCGCCGGUGGUGGUGGCGCAGGUCGUGGUGGGGGCGUCACACGCGGCCGUGGUGGCCGGGGUAGGGGGAGAGGUGGGGGUGGCACGUACAUCACGUGGAGGGUGUAGCUAGCGUCAAUGGUCAUGUGUGUCCGUCCGGAUGGGCGUGGCCUCUUUUCUCUUGUGUGUGGGUCGUUUGCAUUGCAUCUGUCUGGGUCGUGUCUGUCGAGUUGUGGUCCCUCUCUUGUGCAUCACGCGCCGAGGAGGGACCAUUGUCAGAAUCACGCGACGAGGACGGUCUGACGAUGGUCGGUCCCUCCUCGUAGCGUGGUGGAUUGGCAGGGCGGCGAAGCACAUCCGACACGUGGCAACGAUGAGUGACGGCGUGAUGCGGUGGGUGAAUGUGCACGAUGGAUAACAUCUGGGCGCGACGGGAGUCUCUCUCCUCGUGUGGAUGAGUGCCUGGUGUCCGGUUGCACGUGUGAGUGUGUAUGUGGUGUGGUGUGGACGCCAUGUGGUGUAGGUUUCUCCCGCAAUGUUCGUAAGCAUUGUGCGGCAGACCUGCACCGCAGAGAGGGCUUCCACAGCACAGCACACACACAUCACCAGGUGCACGGAGCACACUGGUGUGAGUGAAUUAGCCAGCUCUCAGCGAUGGGGCCGACAAAUUGUGUUCUGUGGACACUGCACGUUUGCCAUCGUGUUGCUAUGGAUGAUCGUCCUUUCUCC